ACAUCAGUCUCCAGGAUGCUCAAUAAUUAUGGUGCAUGGGCAAUUUCGUAUAUUCAUAUUGACGAAUGGUAAUUGGCAUUUGGCAAGCUGAAACGCAUAAGGCAAUCAUAUAUCUCUCUCACAAAACCCUCAUAUUCAAUCGCAUAUUGCUAUCCACCAACCUGAUGAUGGGGAAAAGGGGAAGAUAUGAAAAGCGAGCUCGCUUUUACAUUUCUUACUCGUCGUCUGGAUCAGAAGAAGGCUGGGAAACGUCGGAGUCGGAACACGAAUGUCACUGCGGCGCUGUAGAUACAUCGUCUUCCAUUUCAUGUGAUAGUAGUUCCGAAGACUACGGAAGUGAUUUUAGUGAGUCGGAUGAUGAACGGGGCGAGUCUUCCGAGUACGAAGAUGUCAAGGAGGAAGGCAGUGAUGACCAUGUCAACAGAGCUAUAUGUCUCCUUGGAGGAGGGGGUGAUCUACAGGAAUUGAAGUUGGCAGAGUGUAAAGCGUAUUUGCGAAAAAAUGGAUUAAGGUUAUCAGGGACUAAAGACGAAUGCAUAGAGAGGAUAUUGGAGCACUGGAGGAUAAUACAUGGAAAGGGUGAAACAUUCUAUCCCAGAUCAUCAUUCAAAAUUGACUGCACUGGUGAUGUCUGCAAAGGGGAUGUUGUAUUAUUCACACAAGAAGUAUAUAAGAAUUUUGACAAGGUGACAAGGAGUGCAGAUGUUUUAGGGAAGAGAACUGUUGCUGGGAGAAUUGUUAAGGAAAGUUAUGGUGCUGCGAAACAACAACAUACAUUUACUGUUGAAGUGUUGUGGAGCCAAGGUGUUAAGAAGUUACCUCCUCUUUUCCCUUUGCUUGUUAAGGGUCGGAAUCUCUAUAAACUGAAGACUUUGAGACAACGGUGGCCAAAUGAGAAAGAAAGAUUAGGAGUGCUUGCAGAGAAGCAUAGACGAGGAACAACUGCUAGAUUGGUUAGAGAAACUAGCAAGAAAAGAUCAAUGAAGAGAAAGCAAUCCAUUACAGAUACAGGUGGUGUCAAAAAGCAAAAGUGUGAUCAAAUAAGGUCAUCUCAAGUGAGACAAUCCUUGAAGGGUCGUAAACCAGAGAAAGAAAAGCAAACUAAAAAACGUGGGAGCAAGAAAAGUUCGACCGAUCACCAUGGAAAGCUGCCCCCUACUGGAAAACAGAAGAUGAACCAGGGAAAAAAAACCAAAGCCACCUCAUCUCAUCAAAGACCUCCCAAUUAUGCAAAUUCUUAUCAGUUUAGAGAGAGCUCGUUUCAUAUGUUCGCCUAUCAAUCUGAUAUAUACCACGAGGGCACAUUUGUUCCACCCCAGAACCACCAAUUUCAAUCUGGGACUUACAACCAGAGAAUCCCACACCCUUAUUCUCAUGAUAGGGCAUCUGCAUCUACAAUGAAUAAGCCACGCGGAAGCUCUUCAUCUUCUGCAAUGGCUAAGGGAAAGCAACGUAAGUAAGGGCCGUAGAAAUUAGUCACUCCCUUAGCUAUGUACAUAAGGCCAGUUAGUCUGUGCACCCCACUGGAUGAUUAACAUCCAGAGCGAAGUGUUGUGUGUUGAUUCGCAUGCUAUGUAUGUAAGACCAGUUAGUCUGUUCACCCACUGGGAUGAUGAACAUCCAGAGCGAAGUGUUGUGUGUGUUGAUUCGCAUUUGUGUUGGUUUAUGUCCUAAAUUAUGACUUUUUACUCUUUUAGUGUUUUGGAGAAGUUUAAUUCUGAUUCAA